CAGGCUCUUCUUGUUGAUUUUUUUCUGGGACAAAUUGCACUGGGUGCUGCAGAGUGAAGGACGAUGGAGGACAGGGCCUGAUCCAGCUCAGCAGCAGGGGGCUGCUUUCUGUUUCCAGUUACUACAGAGGUUUCUGUGUGGUCCUACUGAUUUAGUGUGGAGGCCGUUUGGCUUGCAUUAUCCUGAGUCGGUUAGGUGGACUUGGACUGAACAAAUCCUUGUUCCUGAUGGACUUAAAGCAGACUAACGUCAAAGAACUUCCUGUUUUAUAUCGUGGAUUAUUCAAAGUGUGGAGUUUGCUGAAAAAGAAGAGGCUUGGACAACACAGCUGACUAUACUGGCUGCUUCAGGAACCAGUCAUCUAUGGGUCACGGCUCACUGCAGCUUGUCAGACAGGGCCAAGCUAUGGCAGAAAAAUGAUGACGGGGUAUUUGUCAGCCCAGGGUAUCCAUGCAUCAGAGAGGUGAGUGGGGAGGAUGUUGGCUAAGGUGCAAGAGCCCUACCAUCGUGACCGACAACAGGGUACAAGAAACCUGAAUCCUCAGCCAUACCAAGCUGAAUACAUGGGUCACAAACUCCACAUGGACCAAAAUGAAAAGUUGGCCAUGUACGGGGUCACACAUGUUGUGUCAAUCGAUGGUUUCAGCAGCAAAAUAGUGGCGCAUGCUACUAUGCCAAUUAAAAACAAUCUCACCAUUUAUGAAAAAGUGUACAGACAUGCAGUCGUCACUUAUGGAAUGUGGGACCAGGUCAGAGUGGACCAUGGAACAGAGUUUUAUCUCUGUUUGUUUGUUCAGGAGUUGUUGGCUGAGCAUAGGCACAACCGGGAGAGACGGCCGUACAUUCAGACAACAUCAACUAAAAACCAUACAGUGGAGAGAAUUUGGCCUGAAAUUAACCAAAGGGUGAAUUAUCCUGUUAAAAUGGCACUGGUUCAAAUGAUCGACCAAGAGACGCUAGACAUGGACGAUCCAUUGAUCAAAUACUGCACAUCAAAUUUGAGCUGUCAGGUCAGCAGCAUAGGAGUGACUAGAGCAGUGCAGGCAUGGAACGCCCAUCGUAUUCCAGGAAAGGGGAUUCCCAAUGUCUUGGCCCAAGAUGGUUGCCGUAAGCGGGUGCCUGAGGACCUUCUGCCUGGACCCUAUGAAGCUGCGGACAGUUACCAGCAAGAAAUGGGAAAUUCACUAACCAGGGAGUCAGUGUUUGGCACUAACCCAUUUCGCUCCGAGGAAGAGAGAAUUAGGGCAGAAACACAGUUCAGUGUCCUUCAUCCUGACAUUGAAGUUCUGUUUAACAGCACUGUGAAUCGACACUAUAGAGAAUUUCAGGAGUCUUUAAUUGACCUCAUAGACAUAGCUAGAAGAAACCUGUAACCUGCUUAUUAUGCUUGCUUUCUUUGUUCAUUUUAAUUUUAUUAGUGUUUUUAGCCAUGUUUUUGUUGAAUUUUUCAGCAACCCACAAUGCUGUUUUAUGUAAUUGUUACAAUUCCUAACUUUCAGCUUUUUUGAUUGAUUGUUCUUUUUUUGCAUUAGAUGAAAAAAUUAGA